AAAAUAAUAAAGAUAAUGGGCCUGAGUAUUCCAUAUAACCAGUGGAUGACAUUGAGAGCGAGGUGUUUGUGCAAUAUCAGCUACGUCGCUCCCACACCUCCGCAGACCGAGCGCCUCUUGCAAUAUAUCCAAAGACAUUGCGACGCACCGGUCGCUUCUACAUAUAUUUUAAAUUGUACCAAUCUCGUAAAAAUGUUGAACUUAUUUGUAGUUUGUUUAUUCGUAGUUUUAGGAAAUUGUUUUGCAGCUAUUGAUAUCGCGCAAUAUGUGCCAGUUUGCGAUAGAACUUCACCCGAUGUCAACGAUUGUCUAAUAGAUGCCGUUAAAAAGGGUAUUGUAGCUAUGAAGAGUGGAAUCAAGGAUUUAGGUGUGCCAGCUAUUGAUCCAUAUCAUCAAAAAGAAUUGAAAAUGGAAUACACUAAUAAUCAGAUCUCGGGUAAGGUUUUAGUGUCCGACACAUACGUUGAAGGCGUCACAGAAUCCACGGUCAAAGAUGUGAGGCUGCGCGCCGAAGAUGACAGUUUUCAUAUGGAAAUCGAUAUGUUUAGCCCUCAAAUAUUUUGCAAGGGCCGUUUUAGUGGUAGCGGAAGCUACAACGUUCUACGUGUCAACGCUUCCGGCGAUUUCAACACAACGAUGAGUGACUUGACUUACACGUGGAAAUUGGAUGGCACCCCUGAACAAAUUGACGGAGAAACUUAUGUUAGAAUAACAUCAUUCUACAUGCGACCCGAUGUUGGCAACAUGGUAACGCAUAUGACCAACGAAAAUCCCGAUAGCAAGGAAUUGACUGAUCUCGCCAUACGCAUUACAAAUGAAAAUUGGAGACUGCUCUACCGCGAAAUGCUACCUUUUGCACAGAGCAACUGGAACAAAAUCGGCACACGUAUAGCCAAUAAGAUCUUCCUAAAAGUACCAUACAACCAGUUAUUUCCCGUUAAAUCUUAAAUUGAGAAAUUAGAACUUAAAAAUAAUUUAUAAUUGUGAAAGGUUACCAAUUGUGAUAAUAUUUUAAUGGUUUUAGGGUAUGAUUUAUAUCUCCAUAAAUUUUUAAUUCUUUUUUAAAUUUAACAAUAAAAGAUCAAAGGACUAUUCUGUAGUGUGAUUAUUAUGCAUUAAAUGAAGAAUUGUAAUUCAGACAUCACGACAUAUUAUAUCAAAAUGUUUUUAAAUAUUGUACAACAACUACCUACAGCUUAUUUUAUUUUUGUAAUUAAGUUAAUUUUAGCGGAUAAGUAUUUAUAAGUUAAAAAUGAAUUACGGUAUUCACAUAAUAAAAGAUGGAGGUUUGUUUUA